AUGACGGCGGUGGAAGUGAUAUCCGGCUACAAAUACUACGGCAAGGCGAAAGAUCCGAACAAAAAGAUUGUUCUGAAUCACCUCAACAUGAGCGUUACCCGCGGUUCGAUUUACGGACUUCUGGGUGCCUCCGGGUGCGGCAAAACCACACUACUGUCCUGCAUCGUGGGGCGAAAGUUUCUCAACGAUGGCGAAAUUAACGUGCUCGGUGGAACACCCGGCACAGCCGGUUCGGGCGUGCCAGGGCCCCGGAUCGGCUACAUGCCGCAGGACAUCGCGCUCGUGGAGGAGUUCACAAUCAAAGAAACGAUCUACUAUUUCGGCAGAAUAUAUGGCAUGUCGAAGGAGAAGAUUCGGGAACGGUACAAACUGUUGAAGCACCUACUGGAGCUGCCAGGUGACGAUCGGUACGUCGGCAACUGUAGCGGUGGUCAACAGCGGCGGGUUUCUUUCGCUGCGGCAAUGGUGCACGAACCGGAGCUGCUCAUACUGGACGAACCGACCGUCGGGCUCGAUCCGUUGCUGCGCGAAAAGAUAUGGCAGUACCUAGUCGAAACGACAAGUACAAGCAAAAUGGCUGUGAUUAUAACGACACAUUACAUCGAGGAGGCAAAGCAGGCAGGUUUUAUUGGUCUGAUGCGGAAUGGCAUACUGCUGGCGGAGGACACACCGACCAAUAUCCUGGAGCGGUUCUCCUGCACGUCGCUCGAGGAAGCGUUUCUCAACCUCUGCCAGAAGCAUGGUCCCUCCGAGGAGGCCGACCGGACGACACACGAGACGCAAACGCUCCGAGCGAUUGCGGGCGCGCAGGACCUUAAGAAGGUGAUACCGGCGCUAACGACGAACGAACAGAAGGCAAAGGACGGGGGAGGUUUGUUUGCGGAAAAGCGGAAACCACUUACCAGCACGAUCAAGGAGCUGGUUAGCUUCACGAGCAAGCGGCGCAUGAAUGCACUGCUGUCGAAGAACUUCCUCCAGAUGGUCCGACAACCGGCCGGGAUGGUCUUCCUGUUCCUGUAUCCGAUAUUUCAGCUGGUAAGUUUCUACAUCGCGGUCGGUGGCAACCCGAAGGAUCUCCGGCUAGGGAUCGUGAACGACGAGCUCGCAAACAUUCGGCAGUGUUUCAACGAGUCGCUCAUAACCACCUACUACCGCGAGGACUACGACUGUGAUCUGUACAAAGUGUCUUGUAGAUUUUUGGAGAAACUCAACCGAAGUGUAGCGAUACAGGAAUAUUACGACACGUACGAGGAUGCGUAUCGCGAUGCCCGGAAGGGUAAAAUUCUUGGGUUCAUACACUUCUCAGAAAACUUCACCGAAUCGCUGCAGGACGUGCGGGACAAUGUGCGGGACGCGGACGACGGUUCGUUCCACACGUCCGAGAUAAAGGUGUAUCUGGACAAAUCGGACCAGCAGAUUACGUUCUUCAUCGAGAAGAAGCUGCUGCAAACGUAUCGCGAGUUUGCCGAAAGUCUCAUGUCCGAUUGUCGGUUGCCGAAGCAGCUUGCCAACAUACCGAUCACCUUCGAGACGCCCGUGUACGGCACGUUCGAUGAGGAGUUUACCGACUUCAUGGCACCGGGUGUCGUGAUGACGAUGAUCUUCUUUCUGGCCACGCUGAUUACAGCUACCAUCUUCAUUACGGAUCGGUUGGAGGGGGUAUGGGACCGAACGAUCGUGGCAGGCAUUACGGCACUGGAACUACUGUUGGCACACAUCAUCACACAAACGUCUAUUAUGUUGCUCCAGUGUCUAGAAAUCAUUCUACUUGCCACAUUCCUCUUCGAUGCACAGAACCAGGGAAGCAACAUAACCGUGGUCGGAUUGUUGAUGCUUUUAGGCUUUGCCGGAAUGCUGUACGGUCUACUAAUAUCGAUCUUUUGUGAUGCACAUUCCACCGCGAACUUUAUGGCGACCGGUAGCUUCUAUCCCAUGAUCAUCCUGUGUGGUAUUCUGUGGCCUCUGGAGGGUAUGCCUCAGUAUCUGCAGUACGUUGCAUACUGCUUCCCAUUCACCAUUCCAUCGAUAGCGGUGCGGAACGUGCUAACCAAGGGUUGGAGCAUUACCAACUCACAAGUCUACAUGGGAUACGGUGCGGUGGGCGUAUGGAUCAUAAGCUUACUAUUACUGUGCCUGCUGGGAUUGAAGAUGAAGAAAUAGUGCAACAAGGACCGUAUGGGGUUUUACGAUUAACGGGGUAUGAUGGGGGUUAAUGUUUUUUGGGGUAGCAGCUAUAUCUAUAGUAUUUAAAAAUAUUGAAACCAACUGGGGACCCACGCUGGAAUGCAAGUUUUAUGCACUCCCUCCCUUUCCUCUCACUCCCCCAAACCCUCUUAAUAUCCUUAAAAGUCCUAUUCCGCGCACUUAAUAUUAGAUGGUAGCGAAUAAGCAAAGUGCAAAACACGGGUUUACGGUGUAUCGGUACUCUUUACACCGCAUGGUUUCCUCACCCAUUUCCGUUGCUCAACCUGGACCCACACGUCACACGAUAGGAAGAAACAAUAAGCUAUUUAAUCAACGCGUGUGAAUGCUUUCUUUUGUACAUAGAUCAUUAACAUUAAUUUGCAAACUAUGUCGCACUUGCGCGGAUCUACAAUCCAGCAGUGAGUAUUUGGUAUUUGUUUUUGUUUCUGUGUGUGUGAGUGUGCUUUUCUAAGUAACAAAAGGAUUACAUACACAAACACAGUACGGUUGGAGAGGAAUAGUAAUAGUAGUGCAGAAGUAUACAGAGAUUGUGCAACCAAAACAAGAUAGGACGCUUCUAUUAGUAAUGCCCGGUACAUGAAUGAAUAGCAGUGGUAGAGAUGUAAGUAUCUGCUGGAAGUCUGUCUGUGUCCUAGAGUUAAGAAUGUUUUGUAAUAUGUUUUUUUGGCUUAUUUUGUGUUAUGUAAUGAGAAAAAUAAACUGAAAUGUA